AUGCUAUCUUUGGAUGUUCAUGAUGCACCUAAAUUACAAUAACAAAUGUUCCUUAUGUUCAAUGCAGUUAAUGCGUUGAUGGUUUAUACUUGUUAUAAAAUGCAACUUAUUAAGAUAACUAUCCAGAGAAUUUUUCUUUUUGUGUUCCAGACUGCAAACAAGCGCAUUCUUCAUAUAUAAACAAUCCAACGACUGGAUAAUGUACAUGGUGUGGUUAGCACUGUUAACUUUGCAAUCCUGUUCAUGGAUGUGAAAUUUGCCCUGGUGAGCAGUAAAAUAAGAGCUGGCUAUGACGAGAACUGUUUGAUCUAUGACUAUAUUGACAAAUAUAAUUGCUUGAAGUGCAAGCAAGGUUAUUAUAUUUAGAAAAACUUUUUUUUCAAUGAAACAUCUAACAGAGGUUGGGAUGGAUGUGUACCGAAAUGCGAAAAUAAUGGAAAUUAUUAUCAGGAUACUAUAAGAUGCAAAUUAAAAUAUGAACCAGCUUCUUAAUAAGUUAUCAUGACUUAAUCAAUUGGAUGUCGUGAUGGCUGCUACGAAUGUGUGAGCAAUACGGAAUGUAUAUCUUGUAAAAAGGGCUACUAUUUGCUAAGUUCGUCAAGAUCAAAGACUUCUGGCUAGUGUCUAGAGAAAUCAGGAACUUUUACUGGUGAAAUUUAUGUAAGAGGUGCAAAUUAGUACAGAGCAAAUGUAGAAAAAAUAGGAUCUAUUCAAAAUCCAUUCUAUUCUAUCAAAGAUGCCUUAACGAAAGCAUAUGAAAUGGGUGCUCCAUUUAGCACAGCAAGAAUUAGGAUCCUACUUUAUUAAACAGAUAUUCAUGCAAUAAUCUCUAACUAUACGAUUGAUCAAUACAUGCCUUAUGCUUAUGAUUAAAACUCUCAAUCAACUCAAAUAAUUAUUGAACCUCAAUUCGGUUAACCAAUAACAGUCUUAUACAAAAUGAGAGGGACAUUUAGAUUUCUAGUAGGAGGAGGUUUAACUAUUAGAAACAUCAUAUUUGAUGCAAUUGAUUCUGUAAUUGAUCCUUAAGUUGAUUAAAAUACUGAUAAUUGUCUGAUGAAUCCAAAUGAAAACUGCUGUAGACUUAUCUUUAACAAUAAUCAGCAAAACUAUUCUUUGAAUGGUGCAUCAUUUAUUUAGUUUGAUUUAAGCAGUCAGUCAAUGCUCAAUUAGCCACCAACUUUGUAUUUAGAGCUUAAGUAGAAGUAGCAAGAAUUUCCAAUAGAUUUCAAGCCAUAUGAUAAUAGCUGUUCAAAUCUUUAAAACUCAGAGAAUUCUUGCUAUAGUAUUAACAUAACUGGAUGUGAAUAUUCCAACUAUGGUUCUUUGAUGAAAAAAUCUGACAAAGUUAUUGGGGUAAAUUCUCAGUAUGGGAUGUAAUACACCGGAUUAAUGCUAGAUUUAGAUAAUUUUAAUGGAAAUGUUAGUAUUGCAAGUAGUACUUUUAUGUAUAACAAUAUCAGCUAUUAGUCUUGUGAUUCAGCUUUUGAUAUAAGUAAAAACAAAAUAGGAACUGAUAAUUACCCAAGUCUUGGUUCUAAAGAUAAGAUUUAAAUAAAAUCUGUAAUAUCUAUAGUAAAUCAUGGAAAUUAUAAGAUUGAUAUAAUAGGUAAUAGAUUUUAAUAAAAUACAGCAACCAAAGGUGUUAUUUAUUUAGAUUUAUAAAAUAGAACCAAUUAAAACCGUUUACUCAUUGAAAAUAAUGAAUUUAAUUAUAACUUUGGAUUUAUUGAAGCCUCUGCAGUAUAUUUAAGAGUUAGAGGAGGUCAAUAAGUUAACGUUAUAGAUAGCUUUCCUGAUUAAUUUUACCCUUAUUGCUCAGGAUAUGCAAUAAUUGCUAACACAUUCAAUUAGAAUAUUGGUUGCACUACUAUUCCAUUUGGAUUGCUUAAAUUUGAGUGCGUAAACUUCUAAUAAACUGAAAUUUCCGCAAAUGGUUAACUUUUAUUACCAAAUAUAACUAACUAAACAAUUAAAGAUGGAUUUUAUAAUGUUGAGCUUUCAUAAUUAGAUUCUUUGAUGAAUUUAAAUUAGCAAUAAUCUUUGAUAACAGUGACGAAUUUUGAUAAUACCUAAUUAAGUUUUUAAUAAAAUCAAUAUAUCAAGAAUGCAUUUUCAGGAGGCUACUCUUUGAUUAAUAUUUUCAAUGCUCCUAGAAUUAUUUUUUAAUAAGAAAAAUUCUUGGAAAACGGAGAAACCUUUAGAGAGUAAACUCGAAUGAUCAAUUUAAGAUCUUAAAAUGCUACAAAUGUAAUAAAUUCAGUUCAAGAACCCUUAUAUAAUACCAUAAUUUUAACAUCAUUUGACCAAAGUCUGCUAGGUUAAUCUUUGAUUUCAAUAAAAAGAUCACUCCAAGUAAUACUAGAAAAUGUCGUAUUUUAAAGCAACUUUAUGAUUGAAUCUACCUACUCUACAGAAAGAGCUUAGUUAAUCACAUUAAGAGAUUUUUAUGGGCAGUUUAAAGCCAAAAGAUUUUUAAUUUAAAAUCAUUAGAGCCCAGUAAAGGCAUGUAGUGUCUACUCUGAUUCUUAUUUUUUACAGUAUGGAGUAAAUGUAUCUUCUAAUAAUUGCUAUUAUUUGCCUGCUAGUCCUCAUCCUUUAUUUAGAUUUGCUCUUGAUUACAAAUUGAAAUUCACAAAUGAACAUAUGCUUACUGAUAAUUCAAUUGUAUCAAGCGAAUAUAUCAAACAUGAUUCUAAUUCUGAUUCCUAUUUUCUAACUAAUAAUAUCGUACUUGCCAACUGGUUACUUCAGUAAUCUUAAUUAAAUCUUAGUAAUUUAUUUAUUUCAGGAUUUAACUGCUAUAAUUGUACUUUACCAAUUUUUGAUUUCAAAAACAAUACUUUUAAUGUAAUUAAUACUACAUUGAAAUCAAUGAGACUAACAUUCUAUUAAUUACCAGGGUUAUCUUAUUAAGGACUUUCUCUUUCUUUUGCCCCAAUUUUCAGCGUUCAACUAAGAAAGCCAUUUAUCUAAAAUGGGUUAUAAAUUUCACAAAAAUUCAUAACUUAAAACUUGACAGUAAAUGAUAAUCUAGGGAAAUCAAGUACGAGCCGACUCUUUACUUUUACUUAUUUACCUGCUAGUGGUCAACUGACUCCUAAUGAAACACAGUUUAUAUUAAAUAGUAGCACAUUCACCAAUAUUUUUACUGAAGGGAACGGGGCUCUUGCAUCAUUUAAUGUAGAUAAUAUGAUGGCUGAAAUAAAUAAUUGCUAUCUUUAAAAUUUGAACAGUGGCUAUCUAUUCAGUUAAAUUUAAUACUAUACAUUUGGAGGAUCCAUUUAUGUUGCUAGUUUGUAAUCAAUUAAAAUUGAAAAUACCAGAAUCAUAAAUAGCAAAAAUAGGCAAUCAACUGCUACUGAUGGAGGUGGAAGCUUUUUCUAUGUAAAAUAAUCAGCUCCAUUCACUUACAUUUAAAAAAAUACUUUAAUAAUUGGAACAGAUUUUUUGUACGAUCAAAAUACUUUAAUGAGCUAUACAGCAUCAAGAUAUUUCUCAUAAGGUUCAUGCAUUCAUAUUGAUACAGGAGUUUACUAAUUGAACAUUCAAGUGUCUGACUCUGAAAUCAGCUAAUGUGUUUUGACUAAUAAGGGAGGUGCUAUACUAGCAGAAUCAACAAGUUAGAUAAAAAAUAUCAUCCUCAUUAACAAUUAGUAUCAAAAAAAUAGUGCAAUUAGUGGUGGUUCCAUUUAUUGUUAUAGAUGUAAUCUCACACUAUUAAAUAAUACUUUUGUUCAGAAUACAGCAUUUUAAGGUGGAGAUGCAUUUAUCCAAGAGCCUCUAUAAGAUAUUUUAUUUGAUGGAUUUUUUUCAAGCUCACCCUAUUCAUAUGAUAAGGGAGGCUCUAUAUAUUAUAUAGAUAAUACCAAGACUAAUAUAAAAUUACAAAUUACAUCAACUUAAGUAAAGCCGUCAAAUUUUUCUGGUUGCUUAAGCUAUACCUAUGGAUGUUAUAUAUAUAUUGACGCCUAUUGGAAUUUGAAUUUUAUGAUAUAGAACACUAUUUUUCUUGCUCAUUCAGUUUCAUCUUACUAUAAUGCAUUACAUAUCAAUGAGGAUCUUUAAGGAAAUCUUGAUUUUUAGAUAAACAAAUGCACUUUUAGAAAUUUAAAUUUUUAUUAUGGUAAAGCAGCAAUUCUUGGCUAUCAAUCUGUCUAUUAAAAUUCAUUUGCAAAUUUUUCCAUUAUAGAUUCUGAGUUGACAUCAAUUUCAGCAAGUCAAGCAGGACUAAUAUAUUAUUAAGGACUAAAUGAUGUUUCAAUCAAAAUAGUCAACACUAACUUAACUUAUGUUUAUUCAUAAAAUUAUGGAGGAGUGCUUUAUAUAAAAGCUAAAAACAUAUUUACUAGUUUUGAAUAGCAGAAUUAUUUUCAAGGAUUAAAUUAAAGUUAUGGAGCUGGUAUAGCAUAUUUAGAAGCUUCAUAAAAUAAUAAUCUAUUGCUUAAUAAAUUGUCAGUUAAUCAAACUUUUUAGUAAUCAUAAUAUUCUUUAAUAUAUUUGAAAGGAUUAAAAAAUAAUGUUCAGAUUAUUAACAAUACAGAAAUUAAAAAUAUUAAAUCUUCAAACUUUGGGGGUUUUCUUCAAUUAUACGGUAAUGAUAACUUCUUGAAUAUUAGUCAAGUAACUUUUUUUAAUAAUUAUGGAUCUUAUAAUGGACCAAUCUUUCACAUAACUGGAUUAAAUUAUACUGAAAUAACAUUAGCGCAAAACUCAUCUUUUAUAAAAAGUUAUCAUUAAGAAUACGGAGGUUUCAUGUACUUGGAUGUUAAGACAUUGAUUAUUAAUAUGAGAGAUAUAUUACUUGAGGAUAUAUCAACAUAAAGAGAAGGAGGAAUUUUCUAUCUCACGGAAAGAGCAAUACUUUUUAAUCUUACAGUAGAUAAUAUCACAGUAAACGGUUCAAGAUCUGCAGGCAAUGGAUCAUUUUUAUGCGUCAAAUCUACUAAUAAUUACUUUGUAAAUAAUCCAAUCUUAAAUAUCUUGAUAAAAAACUCUUAUUUUUCAAUAAAGUUUUAGAACGUAUAUGAAACUAACUAAACCUUUACAACUUUUUAUCGACAAAUAAGCUAUGCAUCAGACUCUGGACAACUUUUUUAUUUUGGACCUACAUCAAAGGGAGCUGUUUUAUCAAUUAACAAUACUUUCACUAAAUUAUAUUACACAGGAAAUGGUGCAGUAUUCUACCUUCCAAGUUAAGUCUCAUUAAUAGAUUAGUUUUCAAAAAUUAGUCAAUCUUCACCAAUCUUAGGAUAAAUUUAUUGUUAAGCUUGUAAGAUGAUCCUAAAUGGUACUAAAUUUAUUGAUAAUUUUGCAUACUCAACUAGUCUAUUUUACUUUGGAGAUUCAUGUGAUGUAUAGCUUAUCAAUCUAGACCUAUCAUUAGGAAAAGCUGUAACAGGAACAUCAAUCUUCAUUGGUGGAAAAGGAGCAAUGAAAUUUACUCUAAGUAAUUUUGAUAGACCAAUAAGUUAUUUUGAGUCAAGCAGUUCAGCAGCUUUUAUAUAAGCAAUUAAUCAGAACUUAGAGAUUAUUUUUGAAAAUAUGACAUUUUAACACUUUAGUGCUUACUAUUACGGGGGAUUAAUCCAAGCUUAAUCCAUAAAAUCUAUAACACUGAGAAAUGUAAGCGUAUUUAACUGCACUGCAUUUUCAGGUUCUGUAAUUUACAGUACUUACAAUUUAAAGCCAACUUUCAUAAUUGAAUCAUCUAGAUUUGUAUGUGACAGCUAAUUUAACUAUAAUGAAGUUAAAGCAAAUAUGGAAUAAAAAGAACUGAGAAAAUAUGGAGGAGCGUUCUAUAUUUAAUAUGCUCAAUCUGUAAAUUCUAGCAAUAACAUAUUUGAAAAUUGUACUAAUAUACUAUACUCAGCAGUUUUUGAUUUAAUAGGUACUUAACUAAAUGAUAUCAACUCCACUUAUAGAAAUUUGUAAGGUUAUUCUGGAGGAGUUAUAUAUGGUUACAAUUUAGAAAUAAACUUAGAAAAUCCAAAGCUUUACCAAAUUAUGAGUAAGUAUGGAGGUAGUUUAUACUUGCUAGGAGCUAGUACUUUAAAAAUAAAAAAUCUACAAGUUAAUAGCACUUAUUCAUACUACUAAGGUGGAUUUUUGUAUUACGUGACCAAUGUUGCCAUUCCUGGAAAAUCCAUCGAAAUAAUAGGAAAUACGUCGAUCUAUAAUUCAGUAGCUAAGGGAGAAGGAGGAGCAUUUUAUCUAUAAUUUGUUGAUACUGGCUCAGUAAUUUUUGAUGGAAUUCUUAAAGCUGAUAUAAUUAAUUCAUAAUCAAUGGGAGGAUUUUUAUUUCUAAGCGGAAAUGCUGAUAUUACAAUUAAUAAUGCAGUAAUAACCAGAACAUGGGCAGCUUAAGGCUCUGCAAUCUUUGUAAACUCAGGUCAUUAUUUAUCUUCUAAUAGAAAAAGAGUAAAUUUAUCGAAUAGUUAUAUCAGUUGCUAUAAUACACCUUAUCAAGCAAAUGAUAUUUCAAUGCUUUAUUAAAAAACAACUUCAACAACUUAGGAUGGUUCAUUCGAUUAAGGGGGUGCUAUUUAUAUUAUAGAUGCAAGCAUUAAUUUUAACCAAAAUUCAAUACAAAAUUGCUAUGUAGUCAAUGAUGGAGGUGGAAUUAAAUUGAAAAAUUCUAACUUUAUUGAUAAUGGUUCUAAUUUUUAAAAUCUUGCUGCUUAAUACGGAGCAGCUAUUUAUUGCUAAGACUGUACUGCAUACUUCAACAAAUCUAAUUUUUCUAAUAUUUAUGCAAAAAAUGGAGGUUUAAUGUAUGCCUAAUACUCUUACAAUGUAACUUUUGAUAAUAUCACAGUUGAUAACAGCUCAGCUUUAGGUUAUGGAGGUCUAAUUUAUGCCUUAUAGAAUGAAAAAUAUGACAUUUAAUAAUCAUUUGUGGACGUUAAUAGAUUUCAAAGUAACAUAGUAUUUAUAAAUGGAAUUACUUUUAAUAAAAUUUGGUCUGAAAAAGGAGGAGGUGGGCUAUUUCUUUUUAAUAAAAAUCUAAAUGUUUUACUAAGUCCUGGUUGUAAAGUAUUCAAUAGUGCAGUAUCAAAUGGAUAAGGAGGAUUUAUUAAUAUUUAAAAAGCAGCAAAGUUAACAAUCGAAGCUUCAACUUUCAUAAAUUUUACUUCUAAUUUAGAGGGUUCCUUGAUAUAUUCAAUUUGGAGUGGACUUUAGUUAGUGAUGAAAAAUAAUACAUUUACAAGAAAUGAGAUUGCUUCAAUUAUAAGUUAUGAUGAGACAAUUUCUAAAGCAUUUAUAUUAACUCAGGGUGGUUCAAUAUAUGUUAAGAAUGCAUAAUAUGAAGUGAUCUCUUACAAUAAUCUUUAUUCUAACAACUUAUAUUCUUCUAAUGGAGGAGCUUUAUAUAUUGAGAAUUCUUCUCUAAAUGAUAGUUAAUCUAGAUAUCUCAAUAACUUCGCUUUAAACGGAGGAGGAAUAGCUUGUGUAAACUGUUCAUUAAAACUAAAUGCAUUAAUAUUUGAAAUCAACUCUGCCUAAUACCUAGGAGGAAGUAUGUAUAUUAAAAAUCUUGUAGGAGAUUUAAAUUUAUAAGAUCUCUAAAUUUCUGAUGGCUUUUCUUUUGCUGGUGGUUCAGGCAUUUCACUUGAAAAUGAUGAGAAAUAUUUCUAAACUGAAAUCUUCGAAUUAAAUAUAAAUGAUGUAGUUAUUCAUGAUAUGAGAGGAUAUUAAGGUGGAUUUUUAUAUGCUAAGAAUAAUAGUCAUAAUAUAUUUAUUGAAAAUUUCACAGCUUUUGACAUUCAAACUACUUUUGGAGGUGGAAUAUUUUAUUUAGAAAAUAUUAACAAUUUGACUCUUAAAGAUGGUGAGUUCUAAAAUUAUCACACAGCAGGAUUACAAGGAUCAUUACUAUAUGCGAGUCAUGUUGAAAAUGGAAUUUUCUUUGAUAAUUGCAGUUUAAAAUGCAGUAGCUAUUAUGAUAGUGGAAUGUAGAAUAUCAUCUCAUAGUAUGAAAGUUUUGCUAUUGAUUAGACAGAGAAUGAGAAUUCUACAGAUUUUCAAAAAUAUUAUGAGUAAACCUCAUUUUUUAUUGAGAACGUCUAAAGAGCUGAGUUUUUAAUGAUUAAUAUAAGUUAAUGCUAUAUAUGUAAUAAAUCAGGUGCUUACAUCAUUAGAUAUGCAAGUUUGUUUAAAGAUUUUAACUCAAACUACAGAGAUCUUUUUGGAUUACAAGGAGGAAUCUACUCCUUUAAGAAUGUUGAGGUAGAUAUAUAAAAUAUAAAGAUUGAAAAUUUGAGAACUGAGCAAGGUGGCAUUAUCUACUUAAAUGAUACAUGUCCUAUAUUAAUGAAAAACAUUAGUGCCUAAUAUCUUUAUGCUUAUAAGAAGGCAGGAUUUUUAAUAGCAUCAUAAGAAUUUCUUGAAGAACAAUCAUUAUUUUAAGGUCCAAGAUCAUCGUUUAAAAUUUCUAUUGAAAACUCAACAUUUAAGGAUAUCUAUUCAAGAGAUUAAGGAGGGUUACUUUAUAUAAGCUCCGAUAAUCUACAAGCAAUACUAAUGAAAGAAACAUCAAUCUAAAAUGUAACCUCUCUUAAUCAAGGAGGAAUAUUUUAUGUCUAAAAAUUUAAAGGAGAAUUAGCUGUUGAAUCUUUAAAUAAUGAAACAACUCUGAUUUAAAGUCUCAGUUCAAUUUAGGGCUCCUUGCUAUUCUCCGAGUACAACGGUUUCUCCUUCAAAAUAAAAAAUAUAGAAGUAUAGUGCUAAUAAAAAAUGAAUAAAACUUUUGAAGAAUUUUUAAGCGACUCCUCUCUAGGAUCUAAUGUAAUUUACAUGGUUAACUCAGUGGAAGGGCUAACAGUAGAAAAUUCAAUUUUCAGAAACUGCUACUCUAAAUAAAAAGGAGGUGUAUUUUAUAUGGAAUAGACAAAAUUAUAAAGCAAAAAUUCGAUCUUUCUUGAUAAUGCAGCUGAAUCUGGAGGGUGCUUCUAUUGUAAAUCGUGCUAGAUGUAUUUUGAAAAUGUCACUACUAGUUUUAAUUAAGCAAAAUAUGGAGGAGUUUUAUCUAUAGAUAAUGAUGCAAAUAUAACAUUAUUAAAUGCUAUUAUGAACAAUAACUUUGCUUUAAAUGAUGGAGGAGUCAUUAAUAUGGCUCGAACAAAUCUAACAAAUACAAACAAAGCAAUAGUGACAAUUAAUGAUAGCUAAGCAAUUAGAAACAACAUUGCAAAGAAUGGUGGAUAUCUGUAUAUUGACAACAUAAAUGCUGAGAUAAGAAUUUUUAGAAUAAAAGUAUAUAAUAUUUCAGCGAAUUCAGAUGGAGGGUUCAUCAGAAUAAUUAAUGGAAUGAAAGUUGAUAUCAGAGAUUCAUAGUUUAAACAAUUUAAAGCUGAAGUUGGAUCAUUUAUGAUUUCUGAAUCCCUUCUUAUAACUCUCAAUUAUCUCAAUAAUUACUUUUUAUGUGAUGAAAACUAUGACUAUUUCUCGUAAAAGCAAAACCUAUAAAAUGGAAAUUAUAAUGCAAUCUAUGGUUCAGUUUUUCAUGUUACUAACGCAAAAUCAAUAAAUUCUUAAAGUAACAACUAUUAAUAGUGUGGGCAAACAAAAUUAGGUGGAGUAUUUUAUCUUUCAAAAACAUAGCUUAAUGAUUCAAAGUCUUCUUACUCAUUUAUCUCAUCCUUGAGUGGUGGUAUAAUAUAUGCUUAGGAAAGUAUGAUUCGCAUUUUUUAAAGUGAUUUCUAACAAAACUUAGCUAAUCAAGCAGGAAUUUUUCAAAUAUCAUAAAGAUCCGGAUUAUAUAUAGAUAAAUCUGUCUUUUAAUAUAACUUUGCUAAUUAUACAAGUGGGAUACUUCAUUUAUCAACUUAAUCUUACAUGAUAGUGAAAAAUUCUGAUUUUUCAUUUAAUUAUGCAGAUGAAAAUUCUGUAUUUGACAUUAAUGACAGCAAUCUUGAUCAAAAUAUAACAAUAAUUUCUUGCUAGUUUGUUUCAAAUAACGCAACAAAGAAUACAUUUUCCUUGAUGUAUUCAAAAGUCAUAAUUUAAGAUUCAGUAUUUAAAGAUAAUCUAGCAUAUUAGAGAACUAAAAACAUUUUCUGCGGAUUCUCUAAAAUCACUGUGAAAGGUUGUACCUUUUCAAGUCCAAGGAUUCUUAAUGUCCUUGACUAUAGUUAAUCUGAAAAAACUUAAGGUGCAUUCUUUUUCAUUAUUUUCGAUGUAUCUUUAAGCAUUUAAGAUUCUUAAUUUUCAAAUGGAAUGGCAUAGCUAGGUGGUGCAAUUUAUUUGACAGGAGAUAGUGAUUUGAAAAUAUAUAGUUCUACUUUCACAAAUAACUAUGCAUUUCAAAAAGGAGGAGCUAUUUUCGCUUAAAGUUUUUCUAAUCUUUUCAUCGGAUAACAGUCAUAAUUUAGCAAUAAUUUAGCUAUUGAAGUUGGAGAUGAUGUCUACGUGACUAAUUCUGAGGAAACAUUAUCCCUUAGUAAUGUAAAAAUAAGUAAUGAAUAUGCUAAAACUUCUAUUUAUUCUGAAAAAGCCGAAGUAAAACUAAGCAAUGUGAUUUUUUAAAAUAUUGGAUUACAUAAUUAAUCUUAAAAGGGAGCUGCUUUGUAAUGCAAAGAUUGUAAAGGAAUAGAGAUAAUAAGCAGUUAAUUUUUAAAUCUUAAAAGUAAAUUGGGAGGAGCUAUUUAUAUCGAAGAAUCAGAAAGUAAUAAACAUUAAAUUACUUCAUUGAAAACUAAAUACUUUGUAUAAAAUUCAGUAUUUCAAUAAUGUGAAGCUCUAAUAGGGGGUGCCAUAUAUCUUAAUAAUCCCUAAGACAUUAACUUCCAGAGUUCAAAAUUUAACUAAAAUAAAGCAUACUUUAUCAAUGAAUACUAAGAUAUGUAUAAUCUAAUGGGAUCAGGUGGAGCAAUCUAUUACACCUGCCAAGCAGACUCAUUAAAUUGCAAAAUGACUUUAUCUGGCACAAAUUCUAUUAUAAAUAAUGUUGCAGAUAUUUAAGGAGGUGGUAUAUAUUGGGACUAACUAGAACCACAAUUCAAGCAGUCAGCCAUAAAAUUUGGAUACAAUAUUGGAAGAUAAUAUGGCAAUGAUAUUGCUUGCUUUUCCUAGUAACUAAAACAAAUAGAUAAAGAAAGAUAUGAUUAGCAAAUGAUACUAUUAGGAUUGAUGUUUAAAGAUGAUAUCCAGCAAAGAAUUCUUUAAAAUCUAUAAGGGGAAAAUUUACUUGGAUCUCAAGAAGCUUUAAUAGAAAAUUAAAGAAGUGGUGGAUCAAUCCCUAAGAUGAUAAUGGCUCAUUUAGAUAAGUAUGGAUAAAUUGUUGGGUCAGAUUUUAAAAGUAAAGUUAGAGUUUCAGUUAAUGCUACUUUUAAUCAAGAUUCUAAUUCAAAUAAAUUCCCACCUAUUAUAGAAGGGUAGAGUUCUUUUGAUACAAUAGGCGGUAUUGUUUUAAUAAAAGAUAUUAUAAUUGCUGGAACACCAGGGUAUGAUUAUUAGGUCGUGAUAUAUUCUGAUGGUAUUGAUGAAAAUAAAAAAUCUAAUCAAGAAUAUAAAAAUAAAUCAAGUAGUCAAUCUUUAGAAUCAAAGAUGUAAGUUUCUUUGAGAGAGUGUGAAUUAGGAGAAGUUUACACAGCCUCUGGAAAAUGUUAGUUAUGUGAAGGGGGCUAUUCUUUGAAAAAGAUGACUGAUCCUGGUUUGUGUAUGAGCUGCCCUAAUGAUAAGGCUAUAUGCAAUGGAGGGUCAGACAUAGGUCCUUUGCCAGGUUUUUGGAGAAAAAAUAAUUUAACAUCUACUUUUAUAAAGUGUAUGCAUUAUUCAGCAUGCUUAGGAAUGAUUCCUCCAAUUAAUGAUCCAAUGGGAUCUUGCUCAAUUGGAUAUUAAGGAGUCCUAUGUGCUGAUUGCUAAAUUGGCUAUUCGAGAUAAAAUUAAUAUGCAUGCCAAUUAUCAUUCUGUUGCUUUGGAAUUUGGUUUAUUUUGAUAAAAUUUGUUAAAAAAAUCAAAGGUUAUUGUAUAUGUUUUAAAACUUCAACUGCAAAGAUAUAGACAGUGAGUUAAGAGUAGAAUAAGAUUUAGAGAUAAAAUGCUGGGCUUCACAGCACUUGUAUUUUAGUUAUGUAGUUGCUAUACCAAGUCUAAUUUUCUGGGGAUUGGGUAUUCCACUCUUUGCUCUAAUACUUUUGA